CACGCCGGGAAAAGCCCGUCGCCCUCCUCCGUGCCACACUACCACACAGCCAUUGUUGGUUUCCCGGGGACCGACCUCCAAAUGGAUAUAACCAUGACAACAUGAAUCAGUCAUACAGACAGGCGGUUAGGGGCUCAGUGUUUGGUUCAGGCCAGCCAGAGCCGAGGACCCGCAAUGGCCUGGUGAACACUUCCUAUGGAAACCAAUGUGGCACAGUGAAGCGUGUGUCAGACCAACCGUCAGCUGUGCAGCUGCCAUCCUCCAGUCGGAGACAGGGCUACAAGCAGCCGGACCGAACUCACUGCUCGCUGAGGAGGCUGCAGGACCAUGGUGCUGUGGUCAACGGGCCGGACCUCCAGAGUGACCUGCAUCCAAGGAACCACUUGCACUGUGCAAGCCCAAUAAGUGAUGAAGAAGAAGAUGAUGAUGAUGAGGAGGAGUUUGAGGCCCGGUCAGUCCAGCAGCCUCCUUCUCCAGGCAACGGUGAUGCCAUGGAGGCUUUUGACACGCUGCAGGACGUGAACAGAAACGGCUUCUCGCCGCAAAGUCCUGACAGCCUGGAGCGCUGUUCUCCCAUCCCCAAUGGCUACCUGCACUUUGAGUCCACGCUCUUUGACAGCAGUGACGUUAAGGUGGAGGACGAGGAGGGGGAGCUCAGCAGCAGUGAGGAGCUGGCGCCUUUUCACCACUCCCAAAAGAGGAGUCGGGGCAGAUCUGUGGCUGACAGUAAGACCCCAUGUGGUGCGGGGGUGGACAGACGAGCAUACAAACCUACUGUUUUUAAUCUCAUGUCCAAAACUAUAUCUGAACUCAACCCUACACUAAGCCCCAGUGCACUGCCAGAAAUCACUAUGAGAGAUGGGUGGAGUUUGGGUGAGGAAUCAGACAGUGAACUUGCCUCCCCUGUUGACCCUGGACUUAUUUCACCAGCCGGGACCAACUCUAACUCCAACAGCCCAAAGAAGAAGCUUCUUCCUACAGUGAAGUACUUGGAAGGAGACUUGGUGUGGGCCAAGUUCAACAGACGGCCCUGGUGGCCAUGCCAAGUCACCUCUGACCCAGACAAAGGGAACCACACUAAGAUGAAAGUUCCAGUUCCCAAUCCCCGUCCUUGUCGGAUGUACUUCGUGGAGACGAUUGGAGAGAUUGUGGAACGCGCCUGGGUCCCGACGAACGCCAUCGCAGCUUUUGGAGGAGGCCAUGAGUUUGGAGAUUUGCCUGUGCUUCGACGGAGAGGGAAGCAGAAGGAAAAAGACUACAAGUACACGAUACCCAGGAGUUUACUGACUGCGUGGAAAGUCAGUGUGGCAGAAGCUGAGUAUCUGCUCCCGGCUCGACAAAGGAAUACUGAAAGUGUGCUCUCAGUGUCCUUGAAUGGAGAGGAGCGUGUUCCCAGCCCGCAACCUACUGAAGAGCAACCGGAGGCCCCCUCUCCCUCCAAGGACCCCGGCCUAAAUCCACCAGCAAGUAUGCCCCCCAGUGAAAAUGAUCCCCAUCUCAUAAAGAACUCUAGCCUUCAGUCCAACAAGAGCAAAGUUUGCAAGAAGAAAAAGAAAUGUCUGUCGGACAUAUUUGGACAUAUAGUUGGUGGAUCAACGGAAUCAUCUGCUGUCACAAACAUGCUGGACCAGUUUCAUACAACAACUCAUGCACUGAAAGAAGAGCCAAAGGACUCCCCGUAUGCUGACCUGGAUUCAGUUCCAAUUCUGCAUCGUCCGAAACGCUCGGCAGUGUCUCCAGUACAGGACAGAAAAAAAGAGGGUUCAACAAAAGGUAAAACAAAGUUUGCUGGAAAAUCCAACAAAUGUACAGAUUCCCUUGAUAGCAUUUUAUCAAAGAAAUGUACGCCUAAAGAUACAAACACCGAGCAGAGUUUGUACUGUUCACCUGAGGAGCACUCUACAAAUCUUCCUGCCAGCAGUCGUCUGAUGACCAGGGCUCUGAAAGCAGAGGAAGAGACGGAUCUGAAAGAUGCACUGGUCACAAGCCAAAUCUCAACAGAUUCCCACAAUGACAAUUUUCCUAAUAAUAAUGCAGCCAUCACAACUGAAACCUCUCCUACCAGGAAAUACCCCAAAAAUGCAUCGUCCUCUACUAAUCCCAGCUCUCCAAAAAGACGUGCAAGGAAGCCUGAUAAGAAACUUAUUCGUAAUGGCUCAUUGAUGAAGUCCAAGUGUGCCGACUCGGGUGUAUCCACCAUGCAUCCUGUUGAAGUCAAGAAAGAAAACGUCGUCCUGGAUUUAUCUUCUUCUUCUUCCCCCCCGCCCUUGACUCUGUCUCCAAUGGAUGCCUUUCAGGAUGUCAAGGAACUAAUGUUCCAAUCUCUCGAGAAGAAGAACAGCAGCGACUGUGAGCUCGCUGUGUUUCGGCCUGAUUCCAAUUAUCAAUUCAGUACCUUCCUGAUGCUGCUGAAAGACAUGCACGACACAAGACAAAAAGACGGUAAGCCCCUGACCGUCCCGCCAUCAGCGGUCCUGAUCAAGGAGGAGCCCCUGGUCAUCCCUGCUGUCUCUGGAGGUGACCUGCUGCAGGGUUCUUCUGACGGUUUCACUCAGAGGAUCAAAACAGAGAAUGGCCUGUUGGGAAAAAACAAAGUGUCCCGCAACGCGGCGACGAAAACCAAGAACAGGACUAAAGCUAUCAUGAUGGCUGACACCUACCACUGUGAAGACUUUUCUUUUCGCUCUCAGACCGGCAGCUUGGACAAGAAGCGUAGAAAACAAAGAGCACCUGCCAAAUUGAAAUCCAGCGUAGCGGGCCUUUCUUCAGACCUGGCUGACUUGGCUUAUGGCAGGGAGUUUGUCAGCGGCCACGCCGACUUAGCCGAUCCCGGAUCUCGUGCCCCUGCCGCUGCUGAUCCGUCGGCCAGCUACCUCGUCAAGAUGUCAGAGUCCACCAUGGCUCCAAAGAAGCGCUGGCAGGUGCUUGAGGGGGCUGCUGAGGGUAAGGGAGAGGUGCUGAGCGACGCGUCUGCUGAGAUGAACAGGUCCUACAGCACCAGGGCAUCACCGGAUCUUGAUCUGGAAGACGAGAGGCUGGAAGACGACUCCCUCUUCCUGGAGAUGAGCGGCACCGGCGGGAAUUCAGAGAACAAGCGUCUCCGGAAACCAACGAAAAGGCUCCUGGAGUCGACUGAGGGGUACGAACAAAUAUUUGCUCCAAAAAAGAAAUCAAAGAAACACACCUCAGAAUCUUCCAAAAUGGCAUCGGGGAUGAUGGAACUCCUCGAUGGGAGUCCCCCACAAGGAAGUGUUACCUCAGCCUCGUCUCCUGUGGGGCCCAGCGAGGCUCCUUCCGAGCCCGAGCCUAGUCCUACUCGGGAUGAGCUUUCUCCUCUACCAUCCUCAUCGUCCCCAGCCAUGACACCACCAGCCCUCAUCCCAGAGACGCCAGAAGAAACAGAUCUACCUCCUGAAUCUGACACAGGGUUAGCAGUUCAAGAAAGAAAGAGGCCAAGGAAGCUCUCGCACAAGGUUCUUGAAUGUACCAUUGAAGAAGUGUCUGUUGAUCCUACGAAAAAGAAGGAGCCAAAGCGACAUGUUGGAGCUACAGAGCUGAAGGUGUCAGUCCGGAAAACUCAGGUUGAAUCUCUGAAAAUGGAGAAGCCUGAACCCGGCACAUCCUCUGCCCCAGCUGAUGACCCCCAGCACCCAGAGAGUGAGGACAUCCUCAGUCCAAACAGACCUCCCAGCCCCCGAGGAGCUAAGACCCCCGAGCAGGAGACCGACACGGAGGCCUGCAGCACUGACGAGAAACCAAACGUACACACUGGAACACUAACUCCCAAACCCGAGGUUCUGUCUGUUGCUUUGAAUGACAGCCUCCCUUCCCACGUGGAUGUUAAAGGGAAAAUUGGAGCGACGUCAUUAAAGGAAAAUGUUUGUCAGGUGUGUGAGAGGACGGGAGACCUGCUGGUGUGUGAUGGACACUGUUACGGAGCCUUUCACCUGCAAUGCAUUGGUCUAUCAGUUGCGCCCAGGGGGAAAUUCCUUUGUCACGAAUGCAAAGCAGGUGUCCACACAUGCUUUGUGUGUAAGAAGUCUGGGGGGGUAAAGCGCUGCAUCAUACCACUAUGUGGGAAGUUCUACCACACCGAGUGCAUCCUGGCCUACUCGGCCACGCAGACGCACAACAAAGGCUGCCGCUGCCCUCUGCAUGUUUGUCUGUCCUGCCACAUCACCAACCCCCUCAAUGUCUGCAGCUCAAAGGGUCGACUGGCUCGAUGUGUGCGCUGCCCUGUGGCUUAUCACGCCAACGACAACUGCAUGGCCGCCGGCAGCCUGGUGCUGGCCAACAACAGUUUCCUCUGUCCGAACCACUUCACCGCCCGCAAAGGCUGCAAGAACCACGAACACAUCAACGUGAGCUGGUGCUUCGUCUGCUCUGAAGGGGGCAGUCUGCUGUGCUGUGAAUCGUGUCCUGCUGCUUUCCAUAAGGAGUGUCUGAAUAUGGAAAUGCCCCAGGGCAGCUGGUUCUGCAAUGACUGCAAAUCUGGAAAGAGGCCUCGUAUUAAAGACAUACUGUGGGUCAAAUGGGGACGCUACAGGUGGUGGCCUGCAGAAGUCUGUAUGGCAAAAGAUGUUCCAAAUAACAUCUUGAGGAUGAAACACGAGGUGGGAGAGUUCCCGGUGCAAUUCUUUGGCUCCAAAGAUUUUGUGUGGACGUACCAGGCCAGAGUCUUCCCUUACAUGGACGGUGACACUCACAACAUUGAGAAAAUGGGAAAGGGAGCAGAUGCAGUCUACAAAAAUGCCCUGACCAAUGCAGCGGAGCGGUUCAAAGCGCUCCAGGCUGAAAAGGAAAUGCGGCAGCUCCAGGAGGACCGAAAGAAUGACAAGAAACCUCCUCCAUACAAACACAUUAGGGUAAACCGGCCAAUCGGGAAGGUUCAGAUCAUCACGGCUGACCUAUCAGAGAUCCCACGUUGCAACUGCAAGGCCUCCGACGAACACCCCUGUGGCAUCGACUCGGAGUGCAUCAACCGCAUGCUGAUGUACGAGUGCCACCCUCAGGUGUGUGCGGCGGGGGAGCAAUGUCAGAACCAGACCUUCACAAAGCGCCAGUACACAACCGUGGAGAUUUUCAGGACGCUGUCCCGAGGCUGGGGUUUGCGCGGUGUGGCAGACAUCAAGAAGGGAGCUUUUGUGAGUGAAUAUGUGGGAGAGGUGAUAGAUGAAGAAGAGUGUCGAGCCAGGAUCAGACACGCUCAGGAGAAUGACAUCUGUAACUUCUACAUGCUUACACUGGACAAGGACCGGAUCAUUGAUGCCGGGCCCAAAGGGAACCAGGCUCGCUUCAUGAACCACUGUUGCCAACCAAACUGUGAGACCCAGAAGUGGACUGUGAACGGGGACACCAGGGUGGGGCUGUUUUCCCUACAGGACAUCCCACAAGGUGUGGAGCUGACGUUCAACUACAACCUGGAGUGUCUCGGCAAUGGGAAAACUGCCUGUAAAUGUGGAGCACCCAACUGCAGCGGUUUCCUUGGUGUCAGGCCAAAGAACCAGCCGCCAGCAGAGAAAGUGAAGGAAGGACGAAGAAGGAAAAGGAAGACCAAGCAGGUCGUGACCAAGGAAAGAGAAGACGAGUGCUUCAGCUGUGGCGACGGGGGACAGAUAGUGUCCUGUAAGAAGCCAGGCUGCCCAAAGGUCUAUCACGCCGACUGUCUCAACUUGGCCAAGAGGCCUGCAGGGCGGUGGGAGUGUCCAUGGCACCAGUGUGACAUCUGUGGAAAAGAGGCGGCUUCGUUCUGUGAGAUGUGUCCCAGCUCUUACUGUAAGGAGCACCGUGAAGGCAUGCUCUUCAUUUCCAAGCUGGACGGCAAGUUGUCCUGCAGCGAGCAUGACCCCUGUGGGCCCGACCCACUGGAGCCGGGGGAGAUUCGUGAAUACGUGCCCAACACGACCUCUGUGAGGCCCGGGUCAAUGGCGGUGCCCGUCACUCCCUCCCUGGCCCCAGAGUCCAGGAGAGCCAGUUCUUCUUCUUCUGCUGCUGCCACUCCUGUCUCUUCCCCUACUGGCCAGGCUGAACUGGACAAGCAGGAGCCUCCGCCUCGUCUCUACAUCAACACGAAGACUGCUACCUCCAGCUUCAUCCCCUCCACCAGGGUGUACCUGACAGACAGGACUGAAGGGUUCUCCACACCCACCUCCUCCAAGGGGGAGAGAGAGGACGGGGAGGUGGAGGACGGAGAGGUGUGUGGGUUAGAGGUGGAAGAUGUGGAUGGGGAUGAUGAUGAUGUUGAUGAUGAUGAUGAUGAGGAUGAGGAGGAGGAUGAUGAGGAUAAUAAUGAGGAGGAGGAGGAGGCAGAGGAGGAGGAGGAGGAGGAGGCAGAAGAGGAGGACGACGCAGAGGAGGAGGAGGAGGAGGAGGAAGAGGAUGAAAUGGAGGAGAUGGAGAUAGUGGAAGAUGAGGAGGAGGACCAACCACUGUAUGGAAAUGACCUGCUGGAAGAAGGCGAGAAGGAGGAGGACGAGGAGGAGGAGGAGGAGGAGGAGGAUGAUGAUGAUAAUGAUGACGACGAAGGAGGGGACGUGUAUGACACUUGGGGAGGUUAUGCGGAUGAAGAUGGAGAGGUGGAGGGGGAGGACUUCGAGGAGUGGGGGAGAGUGGAGGACGAUGAUAAAUGACACAGUCCAUCCAUUCCUUUUUAACCUUCUCGUUAAAAACUCUCAGUAGACAUUUAAAGGACAAAAAGAGUUUGAUAUUUUGGUACCUACUUGAACGCAGCACUGCCUUCACUCUGGUACAACGUUGCCUUCUCAUCCACCGCUCGACUCACGUGUGGAUGCGUACUGGUGCUGAGGCCCGAGGACUGAUCCUGGUCUCUUUAUACUUCUGUCGAUAUGUUUAUUUGUGUCUGGUGCUGUUAUGAUCUUUUGUUCUUUCUCUCGAUAUUUGUUUACAUUUUUUUUUGCCUUUUUUAAAAAAAAUGUUUGAAAUGUAAGAAAAAAAGGUGCAAAGUUUUUCACCUGACCAAACUGUCACUGUAAGGGCAUCUUAUGUUGUUGUUACCGUCUUGACCUUGUCUCUCUCAUUACGAGUGAUAAAAGAAAUGAGGUUCUCACUGGUUCAUGUUACGGUUCGACACGGCGAUGGCUGUUUGCUGUGUCUGAGGCAUACAAAAAUAAACCCACUGGAGUCACGGCGACUGAAAUGAUUAUUGUCAAGACGAUAAUCUUUUCUUCUGUUUUUCUUUGAAUUGAUUUCAAGAUUCUAUGAGUUCAUCCUUGUUUCUCUCCACAAAGGCAGCUCAGGAUCGCAGAGAAAUGAAACGAUGCCACAACAUGGCAAAACCCGAAUUAUGCAUCACUAACAUUGGUUUCACACCCGUCACUGCUGUUCCAUUGUCAUAAUUAGAAUAAAAUCAAAGUACUUAUUGA